AUGUCUCUCCCGAAAACUCCCUCCACAUCGCCAAACUCCGUGUCAACACCUGAGGGCAAAAAGUCAAAAGUAUGUGUGGUCGAGGAGGAGGCAAGAGGACUUCCUGAGAUAAAGGAGAAAAAAAAUAUGGUGGAUCAUUCCAAAUCCCUUCCUACAUCCCUUCAGAAUGAAUUCAUCCCUGAGGAAGUCCUUCUUUCUCUGACCUAUGCGGCCAAUGCUGGUCCCUGUCCUGAAAACUUACUGCCUCCUAAGAAAACAAAAACCCCAAAGGGUACCCUUCCACGUACUGUAGACCAUGUCUGGCAGCACCCUGUUCGAAGGAAUAAAUUCAGAUAUCUGAUUGACCAUCCUGUGUCCCUGACAGGAGCCGGAAGGGAUAUUUCUUUUCUGUAUGAUGUUAAGUACGUAAAAGGAGAGAGCAAGGAGAAUGAACUUUGUCCCCCACGUUCACAUCCCAGCCAUUCUUUACAGCCACGUGACGGUGCUAUUGUGCCUCAUAAGCCAAAGACAUUAACAGAUACUUUGAUUCCUGAAGAAUUUCAUAUUGUGUCAAGUACAGGAGUUUCGGGUUUGGAGUGUUACGAUGACAAAUACACUACUCUUCUCACAGAUAGUGAAAACAGGCUACUGCUCUUCCCAUCCAUGAAACCGAAUAAAAGAGUGGAAGUGAUGCUGCUGAAUGAUGUGAUGGAUACUAUGCUGCAGAGGGCUGGUGAAGAAAGUCAGGAGUACACAGGGCCCACCAAGAUGCACCAGCUACUGCACCUAUUGAAAAAGGAACAGACCAUUUACAACACAGUAUUUCAUGAACUUAUUCGACAAGUCAGCGUGGACUGUGCAGACAGAGGAGAGCUGCUGUCCAAAAUCAGAGAGAGAUAUGUACAAAUGCUGGACCAGAUUGCUCGGCAGAUGAUUGAGUUCUACAAAGACCUGGUAACUCAGCGAGUGAUGGACCAGCGCAUUUUAGAAGAACUGUAUAAUUUCAAGAAUGUUAUUGAGGAACUGACCAGGGAACUUUGUCUGGUUCGGGCACAUGAUAUGAAAUUAACCAAGGAAGCAGAAAGAGCCCAAAAGGAUUUGGCACAGGCUCUUUUAGAUGCUGAAAAGAAUGCCAAAAUUGUUGAAGAAUACCAUGACUUAUAUUCAUUACAAAGAGGAAGGAUGGAGAAUGAUAUUAGACAGUUAAUGGAAGAAAGAGAUAUUUGGAGUUCUGCCACAUAUGAGUUGGCCCUAAAGGUAAUUGUAAGAAAUAGAGUCAUAUUGGCUAAAAGACUCUACCUCAAUGAAAAAGCCUGGAGUAAAUAUGCCAAGCACUUCAUCAUAAUGCUGACAACUAAGGACACUGCAGACCUUGCAAUGUUGCAGAGGUUGACAGAGAAAUGGAAGCUCUCUCUGGACAAAUUUAAACAGGAGGUGGAAUGCACUGAGGUGUCCACAAAGGAGAAAGCGCAAGUCACUAGGGACGGACUUCUCAAAUGGCAGCAGCUCUUCCAAGAAUCUUGUGGACAAGGUGUAUUAUCCCUCAAAAAGGGAGAUGUGUUUCAGGUAACUCCUUCAAGCUUCAAGCAGUGGCACAGGAUGCUGAAGGAGAAGUCAGAAAAGUUUACUGGGGAUACUCUAGUGUCCAGAUAUGAUUCUCUCAAGAUUAUUAAGCAUUUGCAGGAAAGCUGGGCAGAUGUUGGGUUUGGGGUAUUUAAUCGCCAUAAAAAUAUGGAGGGGAACAUGCCACCAGAGCGACAAUACAUGGAAGAACUGUUGAAAACCAUAGGCAGACUCUACAAAGAAUAUGAAAUAAGGAUAAAUGGAGACAACGGUAUCUCUAAAGUUCUUCCAAAUUUGCUUAAUUCUCUUGACUUCUGUUAUUACAAGUUGGAAAACAUAGAAUUUUCUAAUAUCUAUUUAGAAGAAUGGGAGGAAAUUAGUGAAAAAGUUAAUGAAAUGAAAUCUCAGUUGGAUGCAUUAAUAAACCUUAUUGAUACUAUCCCACAAGGCGUGGACAUGGAUUCUGGCUUGACACUCCAAGAACAUAUAUAUAACACAAUUCCACAAUGGCUCUUGAAGAUGAAUAAUGAAAUUAAAAAUGGUAACAUUGAACUUCAGUGCCAA